UUUUACUCUCCAUUUUUUCUCUGGAAUUAUUUUUUGGUGAUUAAUUUUCUUUGGGGGCGGAAAGGGCCGUGGGCAGCGCGUGCCCCGCUUGGAGCCGCGGGGCAGCCGGGCCUCCGACCCCGGCCUCCUCCCGAGGGGGAGCGGGCGGCACUCGGGCGGAGAGAAAAUUGAAAUUAUUCUCUAAGCUAUUUGAAGAGAGUGACUAAAUGCCACUGGGUCGGGCUGUCUGUGGGUAUGAAGUGGUUGGGAGACUCCAAGAACAUGGUGGUGAAUGGCAGGAGAAAUGGAGGCAAGUUGUCUAAUGAACACCAGCCGAGUCAAUCCAAAUUUCAGCACACGGGAAAGGACACCCUGAAGGCUGGCCGAAAUGCAGUUGAGAGAAGGUCAAGCAGAUGUAGCGGCGCUUCAGGCUUUGAAGGGCAGAGUCGCUAUGUACCUUCUUCUGGGAUGUCUGCCAAGGAGCUGUGUGAAAAUGACGACCUAGCCACCAGUCUGGUGCUUGACCCCUACCUAGGUUUUCAGACUCACAAAAUGAACACUAGCGCCUUUCCUUGGAGGAGUUCCAGGCAUUUUACCAAAUCUGAUAGUUGCCCUCACACGCACCCGGCGAGAUUUCGUCCUAUUAAAGGAAGACAAGAAGAGCUGAAGGAGGUGAUCGAACGCUUCAAAAAAGAUGAGCACUUGGAGAAGGCCUUCAAAUGCCUGACCUCGGGCGAAUGGGCUCGGCACUAUUUUCUUAACAAGAAUAAAACACAAGAGCGAUUGUUCAAAGAACAUGUAUUUAUUUAUUUGCGAAUGUUUGCAACUGACAGUGGAUUUGAAAUCCUGCCUUGCAAUCGAUAUUCAUCAGAACAGAAUGGAGCCAAAAUUGUUGCUACAAAAGAGUGGAAACGAAAUGACAAGAUAGAGUUGCUGGUGGGUUGUAUCGCUGAACUCUCUGAAAUCGAGGAGAACAUGCUCCUUAGACAUGGAGAAAAUGACUUCAGUGUCAUGUACUCCACCAGGAAAAACUGUGCUCAGCUCUGGCUCGGCCCUGCUGCCUUUAUAAACCAUGAUUGCAGACCCAACUGUAAGUUUGUUUCAACUGGUCGGGACACCGCAUGUGUGAAAGCCCUGAGAGAUAUUGAGCCUGGAGAAGAAAUAUCUUGUUAUUAUGGAGACGGGUUUUUUGGAGAAAAUAAUGAAUAUUGCGAGUGUUACACUUGUGAAAGACGGGGGACUGGUGCUUUUAAGUCGAGAGUGGGAUUGCCCACGCCUGCUCCUGUCAUCAAUAGCAAAUACGGGCUGAGAGAGACCGACAAGCGCUUAAACAGACUGAAAAAGCUCGGGGACAGCAGCAAGAAUUCAGACAGCCAGUCCGUCAGCUCCAACACGGACGCAGACACCGCUCAGGAAAAAAACGAUGCAACUGCUAACAGGAAAUCAUCUGUUGGUGUGAAGAAGAGCAGCAAGAACCGGUCGUUAACACGACCAUCAUCGUCCGUGUCACGGAUCCCAGCAUCCUCCAACUCUACCUCAUCGAAACUCACUCCUCUCCACAAUCCCAGGGUACCAAAGAAACUGAAAAGGCCUGUCAUCAAGCCUUUGCUUUCCAAGAUAAAGCUAAGAAACCAGUGCAGGAGGCCGGAGCCGAAGAGCGCCUCGAGGAAGCUCGAAGUGGGGAACCUGGUCCUCAAAGAGCCCAAGGUGGUUCUCUACAAAAACUUGCCCAUUAAAAAGGACAAAGCAGCUGAGGGACCAGUGGGUGCCACUACGGGCAGCGGGUGCUUGACCCGCCAUGCAGCCCGAGAACACCGGCAGGGGCCCAUGAACGGGGCUCCCGAGCAGGACGGGGAGUCGCCCUGCACCUACAUCACUCGGAGGUCAGUGAGGACGAGAACGAAUUGGAAGGAGACCUCUGAGCCAGCCCUUGAACCAAACCUGUCGGGCAGCUUUCCCAGCAACUGGACGGGCACAGGCCCUGGCACGGACACGGACAGUGUGGAGCCACCCACCACUCAUGCAGUGCAUGACGAGGAAAAGGCUCAUGAAACCACAUCCCCAAAGGGGGGGGAGGGGAGGUCUCCAAAGGAUGACAUAAGCACGGCCAAAAAGAAAUCACGGCAAGGAAAACUUUUGAAACAGUUUGCAAAAGCAGAAGAACCCGUUCCGGUCCUGGAUGCCCCUGAGAGUGAGGAAGCGGUGUCCGACCUCAUCGGCUCUCCCUCUGACCACGGAGAGCCCAGGGACAGAGCGGACGGGCCAGCGGGCCGCCAGGACCGCACGCCUACCGCUAUGGGUGGGUGUUCCGUUGGGAUACCCGAUCAUUUCAAAACAAAAGACAACUUUAGAACUGCAAAAAGCAAAAAAAAACGGCGUAUCACAAGGUACGAUGCGCAGCUAAUCCUAGAAAACAGCUCUGGGAUUCCCAAAUUGACUCUUCGGAGGCGCCACGACAGCAGCAGUAAAGCCAACGACCAAGACGGCGACGGGAUGAACUCUUCAAAAAUCAGCAUCAAGUUAAGUAAAGACCAUGACAAAGAUAACAGUCUCUACGUAGCCAAGCUUAAUAAUGGAUUCAGCUCAGGAUCGGGUGGCGGCGGUUCUACCAAGUUAAAGAUUCAGCUCAAGCGGGAGGAAGAGAGCCGAGGCCCCUACGCGGAGGAGCUGCGGGAGAACGGCGUGUGCUGCCCGGAGACCCUCUCCCUCCUGGAGUCGCGCACGGACGUGGAUGACUACGGCCGGUACGAGGAUGAGAGCGCCGAGGACUCAUCCUCGUCGGACGGGGCCGAGGACGAGGACGAGGAUGGGGAGGACUACGAGGACGACGACUUCGAAGAUGACUUCAUCCCCCUCCCGCCGGCCAAGCGGCUGCGGCUCAUCGUCGGCAAGGACUCCAUCGACAUCGACAUCUCCUCCCGAAGGCGGGAAGACCAGUCCUUGCGGCUCAACGCCUGAGCCUCCGCCGGAGAGAAGGAACCGCAAUUCCAGGCUCAGCGAUUCCCCCACGGAGAAGUCCGCGUGCAGCACUUGUCCUGUGUUCAUUUAUCAGCCUAACUCAUGUUGUAGAGCGUGUACAGCAAGCGCCUGACAGGCGGGCGCACCUUUUUAUUGUACUUUUUACAUAGCCUUCUUACGUGCAAUUCUGAGGUCGAGGGGAUGCCCUGUUGUGAAAUAGAGGCUCGAAGAACAUUGUACAGAGAGACCCGCUUUUCCGACAGGACGGCGGGAACGAUGACGUGGCUACACGAUGAUUUUUAACCCUCGAGAGCAUUCGCCGGCUCUUUGAUACCUGACUGAAUCGUCAUUUACAGAAUCACCGUAGCAGCAUAGUAACGUUUCCGAGUACAUGUUACUAUCACCAGCAAUGACCUGUGGCUCUUUGAUUUCCUUGGUAGGUGUUUUCCCUGGAGUCUUGUCCGUUUUACACUGUAUGCUGUCCCGGAUGGACUGUUGGUGGCCUUGGUCCUGUAGCAAACCGUUGGUUGGAAGUCACACGGAUUUCUUUUUUUUAAAAAAAAGUACGAUGACAAAGGUGUUGACAGUUUGCUAACUUUGUAGUACAUUCUGUGUGCGAGGGUAGCAGUGUGCAGAGCGGAGGUCUGGAUAUGGUGUAUUUAUUGCUUGUUAUGUAAAUUAAACACCUUGUAUUUAACACUUUUCAAUACUUUUAGAUAAAAUUGUUCUUUGCAAGAAUGAUUGGUGCUUAUUUUUUCAAAAAUUUGCUGUGAAACAAUGUGGUGACACCAGGCAACAUUGACCCCAUGAACCACAGCUCGUCGUUUGGCUCUUCAUCGUUUUCUGUUGCACUUGUAAAAUGCUACAAGGAAUAUAAAGAAAUCUAUUCACUUUAACUUAUAAUAGUUUAUGAAAUAAAAACAUGAGUCACAGCUUUUGUUCUGUGGUGCCCUAUGAAAAUGUUUGUCUUGGAGAUUCAAUGGAAAGGACUGAAAACACUGUACAUGUUGUAAAUAUUUGUGUGUUGUGAGAAACUUUUGUCAUGAGACAUUAAAAGAACUUACCAGGAAGGUUUCUCUACAUUCAUGCCAAUGCCAUAGGCUGCCCCGUGGAGCCCCGCACCAGUGGGCCCUCCUGGUUCGCAGCCAGUAGGAGCUGCGGUAGACACUUUGAGGAGAGGGAAGAUGAAUUCCUUAUAAUUUAACGAACAAAGCAACUUUGAUUACAACUUGGUGUCGAUGCCAGCCUCUUGUAUGAUUUCUAUGGAUUAUCUUAUAAAUCACUGAACUCAGAGCUUGAAAGGCUGCUGUGCCAGGUGGCGGUCAUGAGGCCCAUGGCUCCCUUCUGGCCACAUCUGGAGACAGGAAGCAGUAGGAGCCAAGGGGGAUGGGCUGGGGAGGAGCCUUCAGUGUCUGCCCCCCUUGUCCAGCUCCCACUUUCCACUGAAAUGCCAGGGGGUGACCAGAGAGAAGGGCCUUCCUAUCCUCUGGUUCUGGGUUUGUUUGUUUUUUAUUUUACCCUAAUUCUCCUAGGAGGGAGUUCCCUAGUCUUGUCUUCUCUGUUGCCUGUGAGGUUCAGCCCUUCACACGUUCCUUAGGGAGCAGCCAGCCUUGUCUUCAGGUGGUGGGUGUAGAUUUCUUAGGCUGCCAGAUGAUAGUUGGUCUGCAAGCACGAUGGUCUGCCCGUGAGGGGUUCAAGCCCCUCUGGACCUUACCUAGUCCUUACAGCACCUCUAUGCCCCGGGAAGCCAGGUAGUAUCGCAGAGGACAACUCCAGAGCUCAAAAUCAUGUCCUGUCCCUCAAAUCAGUAGUUCACGUUGGGGCCUGGGGCACUGGGGGAUCCAAGUGGGGGAGGGUAGAGGAAUGUCCUGGGCCGGUUCUUUGCAUACUUGGGGCCACCCUUCCAUGGGUUCUAGCUUUCAUUGUGAAGUAAUAAAAGAUCUUUAAUUACAUUUCUCAUUUUUCUUGCUUUUUAAGUUGAGGUUUAUUUUUUUCCUUAUUUAUUUUGUGUCAGUCUCUUUUGAGAUUUCUGUCCCAUGGGUCUCAUGCCAUCAAUACCCUGAUGGAAGACUCACUGCCGUAGCUUGCUGCCUCUCAGGGGUUGGUUUGCACAAGCACCUGGAAGCCACUGGUGAUGCCAUCUCGAGAGUCUGAUCUUCCCUCAUUAGGACAGGAGGUUCAGAGCUGCUGUGGUCCUGGAAAGGAGUAGGGGGGAGGAUCGAGAGUUGUGGGCUGGGGGCCAGUUUGGGACCGAGUGCAGGAGGUCAAAACUCCUGGCUUGAGCUUAUGCAAUGAUGGGUAAAGAUUCAGACAUUGUGAGAGCUUAGGAGAUAAUCGUAGAAAUCUAUGUAAAGAUCCCAUUUUAAAUCAUUUUUCAAAUGACUGUUUAAAUUGUUUGACUGAGUUGUAAUACUUUUGAGAUACUCUGUAUUCCUUGUACUGAAAGAAUGAAUGCCAAAAGGCCUUUUUCAGCAUUUGAGGUAAGUUCUUUACAAUUCAUUAAAAAAAAAACAAACAUUUUUUUACAAAAAUUUUGUACAUGGACUUGCAGUAUUGAGGUUAAUCAUUUUAAUAAAUUCAAAAAUGAAAACGU